AUGAUCGGCAGUGGUUGGAAGAGCCCAUCAGUUGACAAGGAUGGCUAUCUGAUGUUGGCAGUUGACUCUGGAAACAACACCUACUCGGUGCUGCGAGUCAUCCGGAAGGGAUAUGACCUCUUCUGUUCCUUCUGGUGUACCAACAAGCACAAGCUUGACGAUUUGACGAGCAAUCCUUGCCAGUUGAGCAUCCUAUGCCAAACCCCCAAGACUGAGGUACUGGGGUACGAGAGGACGAAAGUGAUAUCUCGACUCGAUGCUCUCCUGCUGCUUCUCGAAAGCUGCGACGUGCACAGUGCACCGCACCGUGGGCCGUUCUCCAACCGGACGGGGCCGUCACCACCCUUUGACAAGCUCAAUCCGAAGUAUGGUGCUUUCUAUGCCGCCCAGCCAUCCAUCUCCUUUGCAGCGUGUGACGAAAAUUUCCCGGACCUUGAGAGACCGCAACAGGGGUGUACGUAG